GCUAUGGCUCCACUACCAGCUGUCCACUGCCAAGGAGAUCAUCCAGCACUUCGAGGGCUGCCCCGCAGACCUAGUAGUGUGCGACGGGGCUCCUGAUGGUAAACAGCCGCAGGGGGUGGAAGGCCAGGCGCGGACCCCUGUGUGUGUCCUUCUCUGUAUCUCCCACCUCGGUUGACUUCUUCUGCCUCUUCAGUUGCUCUUUCCUCUUCCCUCUACUCCCAGCCUUCUCCACAUCUGGCAGCUUCUCCCCACCUCUGUCUUCCUCCCCCCAUAUCCCACCCUUUGAGUUUUAUGUCUGUUGUUCGCCCUUCCCUCCUCUCAUCCCUCUGCAAAUGUCCAUUUCCAUGGUAGUGUUUAUUCAUCGUUCCAGCCAGCCAUUCAACACACAUUUACUGAGCACCUGUUGUGUUGGGAAAACAUCUGGGAAUAAAAUUCCGCCAAUGUCUGACCUCACGAAGCUGAUGUUCUGGUGGGGGCAAAUGGAAAAGAAAAUAGACGAUUGAGCCAGUGGCAUGUUAAAAGGCGCUAGGUACCGGAGGGAAAUCAGUGAGCAGGGCCAGAGGGGGUACCUGUUGGGAUUUUACAUACAGCGGACGAGGAAGGCCUUACUGACUGGACAGCAGAGACCUGCAGGAGGCGAGGGCGUAAGUCAUGGGUGUGUGUGGAGGAAGAGUGAUCCAGGCGAAGUUCCGGCCCAUGUGAAGGAGGGUGCUGGGUAUGUGUGAGGAACAGUGAGGAGAUCAGUGGUUGGAGCAGAGCAAGGGAGAAAGUGGUAGGAGAUGAGGUCGGAGAGGUGACAGGGGACAGGUCCUAUAGGGCCUCAUGGGCCGUGGUGAGGAUGUUAGCUUUUUCACUGAGAUGAGAGUUCAGAGAAAGCCAUGUGAACACAGGGGGACUGUGCCCAGCUGGGGCUGUGACAGAACCCCUCGAGUUGCUGUGAGCCGUGUGCGGGACGAGGGCGGAAGCAGGGGCCCCGGGGAACGAGGAGGCCGCCGCAGUGGUCCAGACGAGUGAUGACAGUGGAGGCAGUAGCGGAGAGCAGAAGAGGGUCAGGUCAGGACAUCUUUCGAAAGUAGAUUUGCCUAGUGGCUUGAAGGUGGGUAUGAGGAGAGGACAUGGGGUGUCAUCGUCAAAGGUAACUAAGGUUUUGGGCCUGAACAACUAGAAGCAUCAGAUGAGAUGGGGAAACUCGUGGGAGGAGCAGGAAGGAAGGAGGGUCAGGAGUUUGGUCUGGAUGUGUUGAAGAUACGGAGUGUGAUCUGUGAACCUGGAGUUCAGAGGAGCAGUCUGGGCUGGAGGCGGGAAUGUUAAUGAUGCUUGUGCUUGUGGUGGUUUGAGAAUUAAAAUAAGUUCCUAAGGAUUAGGAGCUCAGAAUGUGCAUCCAGAUGGCAGAGAAUGAUUUGCAUCCAGAAACUUAGCAGUAACAGAGCCUGGGAAAUGUUUGUAAGCUUCUCAUGUCUUCUGGUACAAGAAGAUGCAUAGAAUCAGAUGGGACCCCAUAACGCUGUUCCUCUCGACGCAGUAACUGGCCUCCAUGAUGUCGAUGAGUAUAUGCAGGCCCAGCUCCUCCUAGCCGCUCUGAACAUUGCUACACAUGUCUUGAAGCCAGGGGGCUGCUUUGUGGCCAAGAUAUUCCGAGGCCGGGAUGUGACGCUCCUCUACAGCCAGCUGCGUGUCUUCUUCCCCAGCGUGCUCUGCGCCAAGCCCAGGAGCAGCCGGAACUCCAGCAUCGAGGCCUUUGCUGUCUGUCGGGGGUAUGACCCUCCUGAGGGCUUCACGGCAGACCUGACCAAACCCCUGCUGGGCCACUCAUACGACUCAGAUGUCAACCAGCUAGAUGGUCCCACCCGCAUCAUUGUGCCUUUUGUGACCUGUGGGGACCUGAGCUCCUAUGAUUCGGACCGAAGUUACCCAGUGGAUCUAGAGGAUGGCUCAGAGUACAAGUAUACCCUGCCCACACAGCUCCCCAUCUCUCCACCAUACCAGGAGGCUUGCACAUUGAAGAAGAGUGGGAGGCUGGCCAAGGAGAUCCACCCCCAGGACUGCCCCAUCCGCAGAGUGGACACCUUGCCCCAGCCCCUGGCUACCCCUCAGCCCCACACCCUGCUGGCCCCUGAGAUGGAAGACAAUGAAAUGAAUUGUUCACCUUAACCCAUUAAGCUGGCAUGCCAAUAAAACUCAGAAAAUGCCUGCUAUCAGGAAAACCGGAACGUGGGUUGAUGAACUUGUUUUCAAAUAUCUCAUCAACGGGGCCUGAAUGAACAAGCCCUGAGUAGGAAUCUGCAACAACCAGCACGAAGACAAGGAAGGAAACACUGCAGAAGUCUGUCUGUGCUGCAAUGGGAAUUCUUGAGUGAGGUCUCUUCUCUAAACCUCCUCAGGGAUGUCCUGAUUACAUCUAGAAUUUCCUCUGAAAGCGGAGGUUCUUACCUGGAUAGAAGUCAGGGGUAUCCAUGAACUUGAUGGAGGAAAAUGUUACGUCUUUAUUUUCACUAAUGUACCGGGAAUGUAGCCUUACUCCCAGGUGCGAGUGCUGGCAACAGAUGGCAAUGGUAAAAGCAGUACCUGCGAUUUUCCCACCAAUACAGGUCUGUUACUUUUUAUGUGACAUUACAGUUGUUGCAGGCAUCUUGAAAUAUUGUUCACAUUCAUCACCACUUGGAAUGAUAGCAGAUCUUAUCAUUUGGUGUACUAAUAAAAUAGCCCAUAUAUUACUGCGUCUCAGUUUCGUUUCAGUUUAAUAUAUGGUGAUAACUGCAUUUCAGUGUAAUUGGCUCCAUUG